UUUGCUUUUUAAAUAUUGAUUUUGAUCAGACCAGUUUUUAAAAAUUGGCUAUGUCUCUUAAAUAGAUAAAAAAUUUGUUAGCUUUAGAACUAAACAUAGGAGCUAAUUCAGAGGGCACCUUCAGUGAAUUGGGAUAAUAAUAUUUACUUGUUAAGUCAAAUUUUAUUUACUUAGGACUAAAUUUAAGAGGUCUAUAUUUUACAAAUGAAAACAUAAAACAACUGGCUUUAUGUUUAAAGUAAUGUAAACUAAGAAAACUACAACUUAAAUUUGGAUGGUAUAUGCAAAAAUAUAAUUUAAGAUUUAAUUUUAAUUAAAUAUUAUGA